CUUUGAGCCCAGGCCAGAUUUUCGGUGCGGACUCUACCGGGGAUUUUUUUUUUUCCCCGGAGGUUGAGAUAGUGGGACGCACGUUAUUUUUUGGAGGAGACCGGAGUGAGAGGCCACGUUAGGAGAAGCUCCCCACGCGUUUCGCUGAAAAUCGAAACAGGUCGACGCGUCACCAUGACAACAGAAGCGGGCUCUGAGACCGAGGUGAAGGAGAAAGCCGAGGAGCCGGCCACUCAGCCGGACCAAUCGGAGAAGGCCGCGGACGAGGCCCAGGAAGUAGCCAGCGGCGAGGGGCAGGAGAAGGGGAAGGAGGGGAAGGGAAUAGGUCGGUACCUGCCGACAUGGCUUAAGAAGCAGAAGUCUCAGAGCCAGACCUCCCCGACCAAGGAGGCGCCGCCCACAGAGGACGCCGUCGGCGAGGUGACACAGAAAGAGGAGGAGCCCGCCCCGGACGUGAACGGUCACGCAGAGGAAGUGGAAGAAGGAGAAGAAGGAGAAGAGGAGGCGGUAAAGUUGGAGCAAGUGAAGGAAAAGGAAUCCACCGCCAACGCGGACGCCGAGACCGCCAAGGCGGAGGAGACUGCUGAUAAAGUUCAAGAGGAGACCCAGCCAACAGCAGAGGGAGAAGGAGCGAAGGAGGUGCAGCAGACGGAGGCGAAGAAGGAGGAGCAGGAAGGGGACGCGGCCGGUGAAGAGGAGCAACGAGGGGAAGGAGAAGGCCAGACUUCUAUUUUCCAGUCUCCCCUCCGCCUGGUGAGGAAGACCAAGAUGAAGCUGAUGGAGUGUCACGUGAGCCUCCUGGACGGGACCGACUUCACCUGCGAGGUGGAGAAACGGGCCAAAGGCCAGUUCCUGUUCUUUAAGGUGUGUGAGCACCUCAACCUGAUGGAGAAGGACUACUUUGGACUCUUUUACAUGGACAACCAUGCACAGACGUGUUGGUUGGACCCCACUAAGGACAUCAAGAGACAGAUUCGCAAUAACAACUGGCAGUUUGUAUUCAACGUCAAGUUCUACCCUCCUGACCCGUCUCUGCUCACCGAGGACAUCACCAGGUACCUGCUGUGUCUGCAGCUCCGUGAAGACGUGGCUUCUGGGCGACUGCCUUGCUCGUUCGUCACUCACGCCCUGCUGGGGUCGUACACGCUGCAGGCGGAAUUUGGGGACCACGAGCCCGACCAGCCUCGGACCCUCGGACUGGGUCAGCUGACCUUUGCGCCCAAUCAGAACAAAGACAUGGAGGAGAAGAUUCUCGAACUCCACAAGUCUCUGAGGGGAAUGACGCCAGCACAGGCCGACGCCCAGUUUCUAGAAAAUGCCAAGAAACUGUCCAUGUACGGGGUGGACCUGCACCACGCCAAGGACUCCGAGGGCGUGGACAUCAUGCUCGGCGUGUGCGCCAACGGGCUCCUGGUUUACAAAGACCGGCUCCGGAUAAACCGCUUCGCUUGGCCCAAAAUCCUCAAGAUCUCGUACAAGAGGAACAACUUCUACAUUAAGAUCCGCCCCGGCGAGACGGAGCAGUUCGAGAGCACCGUGGGAUUCAAGCUCCAGAAUCAUCGCUGCGCCAAGAGGCUGUGGAAAGUCUGCGUGGAGAACCACAGCUUCUUCAGGUGACGGUACCAGAACAGUCCCACCAAGGCCCGCUUCCUGACUCUGGGCUCCAAGUUCCGUUACAGCGGGCGAACCCAGGCCCAGACCCGCACGGCCAGCUCCCUCAUAGACCGGCCGGCGCCCAACUUCCAGCGCACCUCCUCCAAACGCAUCAGCCGCAGUCUGGAUGGAGCACCAAUGAUCAGCAUAACGGAAGCAUCGGAGAACGGACGUGAACCCCACCUGGAGCUCCACUCUGACUCUAAGAGUCCAAUGAGAGUGCAUGGGGACAAUAUUUAUGUGAGGCACAGUAAUUUAAUGUUGGAGGACCACGAUAAGACCCAAGACGACGUUCUGAAACACCAAGCUAGCAUUAGCCAGCUAAAACGCUCCUUUAUGGAGGCGCCUCCUCCCUCUCCUCCGCAGCCCAACCAGUGGGAGAAACGCCUCACCUCCUCUCCCGCCACCACGAUACGCGUCCAACAGCAACAGCAAGUGAGCCUCGAGGAGGAAAUAGCGUCUGCGCUCCUCAGUAGAGGCGCCGGCUUUUGUUCCGCUCCGUCCGCCCCGACGCUAGACGCCGAUAUAACCACGUCGGCCGCCGCCGCCGCCCCCGAGGAGAGUCCGUCCCCGGCGGAGGCUGCUGCCGUGGCCGAAAAAAACUCCAUCGCUGACACCAAAGAACCUGCGAAGACGACCGAAGUUGAAAUCGAGGAAACCGUUGUCGUCCAAGAGGUUUCCAUAGCACCAAAACCCGGACGCGUCGCGGUUACCGCCGGCCCCCCCGCCGGCCCCCCCGCACAGCAGGAAGCACUAGAGCAGGAAGUGACGGUCGGACAGGAAGUAGUGGCAGCGGAGGAAGCGAAAGCGGCGAAGCAGGAGAGCGUUUCCUCAGAGAGCGAGAGCGAAGAGGAAGCCGAGUACCAUCCGAACGUCUCCAUCUGCCACACAAAAAUACCAGAGGAGGAAGAGGAGGAGGAGGAAGAGCAGGCGGAUAAGACGGCGGGGGCUCCUCCCCUUGUAGACGAAGUCAGCGCCGCCGUAGAGGAGUCCGCGCCCGCGGACGCCCGGGACGAGAAGAACACGGAGGGGGAGCACCAAGCCGAGAAGGACGGCAGCGGCGAGCCGGCGCACGCCGCGGCCCCGAAUGGCCCCCGCGUGCCGGAGGGGAGCGCCAGCGGGGCGGAGCAAGACCAAGAACCCAAAGUGAACGGAGAAGCCCGCCCGGUCGAGGCGGAACACCGGCCACAGGUUAUUUGUUGCUCUGAGCCACCUGUGGUAAAGACAGAAAUGGUGACUAUAUCAGACACGUUUGCCGCCCAGAAAACUGAGAUAGCUACAAAAGAAGUGCCCAUCGUACACACGGAAACCAAGACCAUCACAUACGAAGCCGCACAGCUGGAUGGUAACGGCGACAGCGAGCCUGGAGUGUUGAUGACGGCCCAGACGAUCACGUCUGAAUCCCUGUGUACCACCACAACCACACACAUCACCAAGACGUUAAAGGGCGGCCUGUCGGAGACGAGGAUCGAGAAGCGCAUCGUCAUCACCGGCGACUGUGACAUCGACCACGACCAGGCACUGGCCCAGGCCAUUAAGGAGGCCAAAGAGCAGCAUCCCGACAUGUCGGUUACCCGAGUGGUGGUUCAUAAAGAAACUGAGCUGGCUGAGGAGGAGGAUUGACUGGACUCAGGUAAUAAUAAUAAUAAUAGGAACUAUUUAUUAUUAUUAUUAUUAUUAUUAUUCACGGCGAAAGAAACAUCGGAGGUCUUUAUGAACAUGGUGGGUUUUUUUUACGAAAAUGACCUGGAACAAAAGGAAACUUGGUAAAACCAUCAGUCACAGUGACAGAAGAGUUGGAGGCGAGAGGAAUAUCAAACGCAGGAAGGGG